CCUGGCCGCCAUCAUUCCUGCUUUCUGCUUUUCGAGCUUUUGACGACGACUUCUUCUACUUUUCAAAUCUAUUCCGUAGAGUCUCACGAUCAUGAACAAGAAUCCUUUCGUCCCGACGGCGGCAUACACCCCGCAGCAACCACCUCUACCACCUGGUCCUCCUCCUCCUCAGCCCACUCAGCCAGACUACGCUGCUUAUUGGACGGCGGCAGCAGCGGCGCAACACGUCCAGGCGCCCACUGUUGGUACCUAUAAUCCGCAGUGGACCGCCGCGCAGCAUGCGCAACCCGCUACUGCUCCGCGACCCACCGCUGAGCAAUCUGCUUUGUUUGCGAACUAUGGAUAUGGAAACCAGCAAAAUUUGGCUUGGCAGCAGCAGCAAAGACAGCCUCAACCGCACUUCCAACCGCCUCCACCCGUCGUACAGCCUCCCCCUCCUCCCCCUCCUCAGCCAGCUUACAAUCCGUAUCAACCACAAGCAGGAGCUUAUCAACAGCCUUACGUUCCUCAGGGCGGUCCUGCGCCACAGCAAGUUCCUCAGACGCCAUAUCAGCCACAAGUCGCUCCCCAGCCAUUCCAGCAACAACAGCAGCAACAGUUUUAUCAUCCCCAGCAGCAGCAGCAGCAAAGGCCCAACAAUCGCAACAUUCAUCACGCCUCGCCUCAGCAACUUCCGCCUGCCAAGCGCCAGCGGUUCGAUGGCCCUAGUCAGCACCGUGGCCCUCCUCCUCCCCAGCCUCAGUUUCAGCCUCCCCCACCUCCGCCCAUGCAACAAGGCGGAGGCAUGAACAUGUUCAAUCAGAAUCAAGGGCAAGGUUUUGGUCGCGGAGGAGGACCGGUAAUGAGUCAGAUGCAGAUGGGAGGUGGUCGGGGCGGUUAUGGUGGGGGACGCGGUGGGAACAAUAUGGGCGGAAGAGGCAGAGGUGCGCCGAUGGGAAUGAACAGAGGUGGUAAUCGUGGCAGAGGAAGUUACAACAACCUGGGUGGUCGAGGAGGGGGGAUGAUACAGAGUGGAGGAAGCUUCAGAGGACACGGUCCCACCAGGGGAUUUGGGAAUAGAGACAAUCGGCGAGGUGGGUCGUUCAAUGCUGGAGGUCAAGGAUACUCGCACGGCUACCAGCAACAGCAUCAGCAGCAACACCACCACCAUCAGCACAACUAUCAGAAUAACUCCUUCCGUGGUCGCAAUCAGAGCUUCUCCCAGUCCAGCAGGGGAAGUCGUCAUGAUUCGGGUCCUGCGCAUAGCAGCAGAGACAAUGUCAAUGCAAUGUCCGCAGGAUUCUCCACUGGUAAGAAAGAUGAGAAUAGGCGGACACUGACAGAUUUCAAGAUUAUUGGGCUGGAGAUGCCGGAGCUGUCUUGGAGCUGGGGUGUCUCCAAAUCGGAGUCUACGGAUGUGACGGUCAAGAAGGAGAAGACCGAGUCUGCUGUUCCAUCUGACAGUGCUUCUAACCCUCAGACUCCCGCGUCUCCUGCCAAAUCUGAGGCUAUUCCAAGCGGCAGUGAUGCUACUGUUACAGCAACAGCUGUAGGGGAGGUGCCGCCCGCUGCUGAAGGUGCCCCCGUAAAGACGGAGCCGAUCGCUCUUUUGCCGCCCCCGCCUUCUCGCAUCCGCAUUUAUUUCCACACGCCCGUGACUGCUGAUGAUUCUCAUCCGAUUCCUUCCCAAACCUCUUAUUCUCUUGGCCAGUCCUCUACUACGAGGAAGGGGAAGCGUAAAAAGCUGGAGGAUGAUGAUGGCGACGUGGAAGAUGGUCGCGGCCCCCCUCCCCCGCCUCCUCACUCGUCUGAUAUGGCAAAUGAGCAUGCCGAUGCUAGUGUGGCUCCUAGCAUGGAUUAUGAUGGGACUGAUACCGCCGUUGGCCGUGACAGUGUCGCUCCUAGCGUAGCGGAGACGACUAGCGAAGCGGACUGGCUGAUGGCUGCCAUCGGCGGUGAGGAAGGAGAAGGAGAGGAAGGGGAUCAUGAUAAUGCAAACGGGGCAGAACAGUACCACGAUGCUGAUGCCGAGGGUGAAUUUGGUAAGCCUCCUACUCCUCGAUCGAGCUCGUGCACCUGCGAACGCGCACCUCGUUCGAACGAAUGCGUUCGCGCCACUGAUACACGUUUUCUCAAGAAGGCAAUGGAUAUGAUGGCGUGCAAGGGGAGGGUCAGGACGAGUAUCAUACGCUGGGUGAUGAGGAUGCCCAUGGCUCUGUUGAUGAGCAGCAUGACCAAAGCGCCUCGACUGCGGGACAUGCUGAGCUGCUCGUUAAUCCCAACGGCGCUGAAGGUGUCAACACCUCAGAGCAUCCUUCUAUGGCCGAUGUUCCAGAUGCUGCAGCAGGGGGCACCCCUCACUACGAGAGUGGUUCGGUAGCUGGACCCGCUGGUCAAGCCGUGCCCGAGGCUGACUCCGACAGCAAUCAGAACGCUUACCUCUCUGCGCCUGCCGAAUCGUCUGCUGUUCCUGAUGUUUCUGCUGCUCCUUUGGCUUCUCCUCCUGUUGCAUCUGCUCACACUUCAUCCAAUGGCGACGUUCAGGCCCCCGUUACAAACAGCACACAUGCAAAGCCGUUGCAGGCGGAAGACUCCAUCGCUUCUACAGUGCCCGAUACGGGCAACAAGGACCUCGCUUACGCGUCGUUCAAUGCCGCUGUCAUUGAUGAGGAAGAGCAGCACGAUGUCAACCAACUCCUGCAGGAGCCUACGCAGCUUGAAGAGCCUCAGGACGAGCAAAAUGAAUCUGA